UAUAUUUGAACUGGUGCAGGUUGUUGGAAAUGGGACAUAUGGACAAGUCUACAAGGAAGCUUUAGCAGGUAGGAGGUUGCUGCCUUGCCACAGAAACAUGUUCUCACGUACAGCUGCUGCAAGGGCAAAACCACCAGCCGGACCCAGCCCUAAGUGUGGCCGACGUUUGCUGUCCCAGUUAGCAACCAAAACCCUGCUCUCAUUGAUCACGAGACUCUUUUGCCCAUGGUGUCUUGUGUUUUAACCUCUUCAAAGUGGAUGUAAAGUGCUAACAGCAACAUGAUAGCACUCACCUUGUGCUCGUUUGCUUGCAAAGUGGCAAAUCCGGGGAGCCAGUCCCUAAAGUUGCAGUGGUACAAACUAGAAAGCACUCUUGUAGUGCUAAUGCGAAGACCAAAAGAAAGUGGCCUGCCAGCACUGAUUGUGUAUGGGUUUUUACAUUAAGCUGCUUUGUGAUGGGCUGCAGCUGGCUGGACAGGCUAUUGCAAGCAAGCAGAUAGCAUUCAGAGCUGGGAAAAGGAGAGCUGGGCUAGAGACUGAAUCACAAGAAGGAGUCUGGUGCAGCUUCACUGACACUUGUGGUUUCCUGGGCCGAGCCAGAGGAUUUCGAUCUUACAGUUUUGAAAAUCUGUGUGUGCAUGCACACGUUUGUCCAUGCUGCCUUGGACCCCAUGGCGUUUGGUGUUGUACAGGUUUGCAAAGAAGCCAUUCCUGCCUGGGAGAGUUUGAUACGACAUACGUGAGUGAGAGGAAAGGGAUCAAAUGCAUAUGCCAGUGAACGUGUGCGUGUCUGUAGUCAGUGAGGACUGCAGGCGGUGUUCCCAUCCUGCUGGCUUCAGUGAGGCGGGAGCACGCCCGAGAGCUCGAGGUGCUCAGCGGACGGCUUCGAACCACGCUGAGCUGAGUAAACUGGGCGGGUUUACAUGGGGCAAGGCAACGAGACAACGAGACCAGAGUUCAGAAAUCUGGUAAAGCUCUACAGCGGUUAAUACAGGAAACUCUCGGUCCCUUUGGUGACCGACUCUUCAAACGGUUAGCUGCUGCUUGUGUUCUGUACGCGCUGGCAAUUGCCCGUCUGCGUUGCUUAAGGUUCUGCGGUUCUUCAGCUGUGAUGUGUUCAGCUAUUUUGGUGAAAUUCUUCUGCAGGGGUGGUUUUGUGUUCGCUUGUUUUUCCACUCAAGAGCUCGCCGUUCAUUUCUCUCUGCUGUGAUUGACUUCGAUCCUUGCAGAAGACUGGAAGGCAGGGCGUUGGAAAGGAACUGCUCAGAGCUGGUGAGGAGCUACUGCUGCACAUCUGACCCACGGUGUGCCUGAGCAGGGCUUCUGCUGCCUGCUUCUGCUGCCUGAGGCUGAUCAGGUCAGCUCAGAAAAAGGAACACCAAGGCUCUUCUCAAAGUCAGGGAUUUCUUUAGGAAAGUGGACUUGGAAGCUCUCCUCUUUCUGAAUUACAGAAGAAAAGUUUAUUUUGCUUUUAAGAAUAAUUAGGUAGUCAGGUUUCAUUUUGGAUACCAACUUGACACGGAAAAUCUUUCCAAACUUUUAACUCCUAUUCCCUUGCAUGUUGUGGACCACCCGGCCAAUAGGAUUUUAGAAGGAGCAGGAACUGACCCCUUACAAGAUCAGUGCCAUGCACUUCGUCUCUUGCAUUCAGAAGUCUGGCAACUAAUGUAUUUUCUUACAGACUAAUUGUGCCCAUUAACUCCCUAUUUCUUUUUGGAGAUGGUGCAUCAGAACCAAAUGAGAAGACACCAAGAGGAGAUGCCCUUUUUUCAUUAUGAAAUGCUCUGUGAAAGCCUGUGUAGGUGUUUGGAAAAUACACCCUUUCCCUAGGCAGUGGUCAGACCUGCUGAACUCAACAGUAGUGCUUGGUGUAUUUCGCCUUCAGGAUUCAUCUCAGGUAAAGGGAGCUCUAGGAGGCUAUUUGUUACAGAGUCCUGAAGGAAAGGCUCAGAGACCCCAAGACAGAGCCAGGUGAUGCCAACCAGGUUCUAGCAUCGGGCUGACCAUCCUGCGCAGAGCCACGUAAAGCCGCGUAUCCACGCCUCUGCUAUCUGUGUAAGGAAGACACCAGCAGAAAUGGAGUGAAAAAGUAAUUCACCAUUAAAAUUGUUACAGCUCUCAUCAUCAAGGCUGGAACUGUCUGAGCUGUGCUCCCUUACUGUCCUUUUAAACAAACAAACAAAAAAACACAACAGCAACAGUUUUACCCCAUGCAGAACCUUAUUCAUGCUGUGCCUUAUAUGCAAGAGGAAAUUCAACUCAACUACAUUUAUCGUUCAUGAGAAUGGUGAAGGAUUUUUUAAUCAUGCUUUUCAAAAACUGAGUGAUGUAAUUGCUGAGAAGUUAAUGUGCCUUCAAAAUCAUAUUUAUGUUGGAUAGAAGGCCAAUAAAGCCUUGUUUAUUGGCACAUGUCUGGGAAGGCUGCAUUAGUUACAAGGUUAAAACACGAAUCUGAUCACACGAGAUCUGUAAUUGCUUUGUGCAGCUCAACCUUCAGAGCUUCGCAGUGGCGGCGAGCCAAAAUUCCCUCCUUUGGAUGCCUGCUCCAAAAGCCCGGCCACCCAUCAGCUGACCCCAGGUCUGGCCCCGACUUCCUUCCAGUGGGCUGGGGCCGGUGAGGCGCAUCCGACCGCCCGUGACUUCAUCCAGCAGAGAUGUGCUGCGUGUGGCUUUUCUCUAGUGCCCUGAAUUUCUGGUCGCCAUGUUAAGACUGGGCAGCUAGCAGCAAUCAAAGUGAUGAAUGUUACUGAGAAUGAAGAAGAGGAAAUCAAGCUGGAGAUAAAUAUGCUAAAAAAAUAUUCCCAUCAUCGGAAUAUUGCGACGUAUUAUGGUGCGUUUGUAAAGAAAAGCCCUGCAGGCCAAGAUGAUCAACUCUGGCUGGUGAUGGAGUACUGUGGUGCUGGCUCUGUCACUGAUCUGGUGAAGAAGACAAAAGGGAACUGCUUUAAGGAAGACUGGAUAGCGUACAUCUGCAGAGAGGUUCUUAGGGGCUUGGCACAUCUUCAUGCUCAUCAUGUCAUCCAUCGAGAUAUUAAAGGACAAAAUGUUCUUCUCACAGAAAAUGCAGAAGUAAAACUGGUGGAUUUUGGUGUAAGCGCCCAACUGGAUAGAACUAUUGGGAGAAGAAACACAUUUAUUGGAACACCGUAUUGGAUGGCACCUGAGGUCAUUGCUUGUGAGGAGAACCCAGACUCUACGUAUGAUUACAGAAGUGACCUCUGGUCUCUGGGAAUCACUGCUAUUGAAAUGGCUGAAGGAGCUCCUCCCCUGUGUGACAUGCACCCCAUGAGAGCACUCUUCCUCAUCCCCCGUAACCCGCCCCCAAAGCUGAAAUCCAGAAAAUGGUCAAAAAAAUUCCUUAAUUUUGUUGAAAGCUGCCUUGUAAAAAAUUAUUUGCAUCGUCCAUCCACCGAAACCUUGCUUAAGCACUCCUUUAUCCGAGACAUGCAGAAUGAACGGCAAGUGCGCAUCAUGCUGAAAGACCACCUGGAUAGGACCAGGAAGAAAAAAGGAGAAAGAGAAGAAACAGACUAUGAUUACAGUGGAAGUGAGGAGGAAGAUGAUGAGCUGAAUGAAGAUGAAGGAGAACCAAGCUCCAUAGUUAAUCUCCCAGGGGAGUCAACUCUCCGUCGUGAGUUUCUGAGGCUGCAACAGGAAAACAAAAACCGUUCUGACCCUCAUCGCCAGCAGCAGCAGCUGAAGGACCAGGAGAAAUACAAGAAGCAGCUGCUGACAGAGCGGCAGAAGCGCAUUGAGCAGCAGAAGGAGCAGAGGAGGAGGCUGGAGGAUCAUCAGAGGCGAGAGCAAGAGCUCCGAAGGCAGCAGGAGUGUGAGCAGAGGUGGCCAGAGGCUAAGGAUAUUCAGAGGAAAGAGGAGAGAUGUAAGGAAGACAAAAGAGCUGUGGAAGAUGAUGAACGGUUCAUAGGAGAUGGGCAGAGGAAAUCAGAAAAGAAGCAGAAAAAAGUGGAAGACGUGCAGCACAACAAGAGGGUGCAUCGAACCCUGCCCAAAGAUCAGACGCAGCUGCUGUCUCUCCAGCAUGACCACAAGCAGAAGAAGAAGGAGCCUUCCAAGAGUUCAAAUUCAGCAGCACAUUCUCCACCAAGCAACACAGGCAAAGAGGCUGAGGACCAAAGAAAGAGAAGUGACAGCACCCAGCCUUCCCUCCAGUGGCCUGCGGUGCUGGGGCAUGACGUCACGCCGCAGGCAAGGGUGGGCUCCGGCAGCAGCUCCAGCCCCUGCACACCUGCCCUGCAGAGAGCUGUCUUAGUGCAGUGUGACAAUUUCCGGGCAAGUAAAGAUGCAUACCACAGCAGCUCGCUGUCAGAUAUGGUAACAAUACCAGUCAGCCCUGGACAAGAUGAUGUGUUCUGGAGUGAGAUUCAAAACGAAGAACAACCCCCGAAGGUUCCAGAAAGGACAACCUCUAAAUUUCACAGCAGGGAUCAACCUGGCCAUCAGAGAUGCCAUUCAAGUAACAGUCAUCAGCUGUCCCCUGGGGGACAUGCUCUGAAGCUAAACAGCAGCAGCACUCCUGGCAGCAAGCAAUGGGAGAUGGGAUCUCAUCAGAGCAGCCGACCAACCUCAGGGAACCCAGGAGCAGCCAAGGGAGAGACCGCUUUGGCCCAGAACCACCUGCACCUGCACAAGAAGCCUGAAAAAGUUUCUCAUCCAGGCCAGAUUGAGAGCCCAGGCUCCUUUGCCAAGGGGAAGGACAGCACCAGUUCGUUCUGGAAAGCAGCAGACUACUCCUCAUCAAGCGACGAAGUCGGCAGCAGUGAUGAAGAUGACAUGAACCACAUGAGGCAACUGCUGAGCAGCAGAGUGGCAGAUUUCUCAAGGACAAAAGUACCAGAUGGGAUUGAACUGAAACCCCAAAGCACUGCUGCAGAACAGAAGGAUCAGAUUUUAGGGAAACAAAUUUCUAGCACCCAAGAAGGCCUCUGGAGCAUAAACAACCAAAACUAUCUCCUGCCAGAUCUUCUUCAGCAGAGCCAAAUUUCAGAUUCCUCCGUGAACCCACCAAAAGUGCCACUGACUAGUCAGGAACCUCAAAACAAAUCUGUGAAUAAGACCCCGUCCACUGAAAGUACACCUUCAAAGAGCAGUACAUCAUCUACAACAUCGUUUACUUCAUUCAUAGAUCCCAGACUUCUGCCAAUCACCCCUCCCACCAGUCCAGUUGGACCUCCCUGUAGUUCUUCAUCUAGUGCAAAACCCGAGCCCGUCAGGAGAGAAAAUGCAAGGAAGGGCUCUGUUGUCAACGUUAACCCAACAAAUAUCCGCCCGCAGAGCGACAGUCCAGAAAUUCGUAAAUACAAGAAGAAAUUCAACUCGGAGGUCCUUUGUGCUGCUUUGUGGGGAGUAAAUUUACUGGUGGGAACGGAGAAUGGAUUAUGGCUACUGGACAGAAGUGGGCAGGGAAGAGUUUAUUCACUGAUUACAAGGAGACGAUUCCAGCAAAUGGAUGUUCUGGAAGGACUCAAUGUGCUAAUUACUAUAUCAGGGAAGAAGAAUAAGUUGAGGGUCUAUUACUUAUCAUGGCUGAGAAAUAAGAUUUUGCGCAAUGAUCCAGAGGUGGAGAAGCGGCAAGGCUGGGUGUCAGUGGGUGACCUGGAAGGCUGCGUACACUACAAAGUUGUAAAAUAUGAGAGAAUCAAAUUCCUUGUAAUUGCUUUGAAAAACUCAGUGGAGGUUUAUGCUUGGGCUCCGAAGCCUUACCACAAAUUCAUGGCUUUUAAGUCCUUCACCUCACUUCAUCACAAACCACUGUCAGUUGACCUGACUGUUGAAAAUGGACAAAGAUUAAAAGUGAUCUAUGGCUCUCUAGUUGGCUUUCAUGCUAUUGAUGUGGACUCUGGAUCUGUGUAUGACCUCUACCUUCCAACACAUAUCCAAGGAACUAUUCGCCCACAUGCCAUUAUCAUCCUCCCAAACACCAGCGGAAUGGAACUGUUACUCGCCUACGAAGAUGAAGGCAUCUACAUUGAUAUAUAUGGGCAUUUCACAAAGGAAACUGUUUUACAGUGGGGAGAAAUGCCAGCAUCUGUAGCUUACCUUCAAUCUAAUCAGGUCAUGGGCUGGGGAGAGAAGGCAAUUGAAUUGCGCUCUGUGGAAACAGGAAAUCUGGAAGGAGUAUUUAUGCACAAGAAAGCGCAGAAGCUAAAAUUUCUAUGUGAAAGAAAUGACAAGGUGUUCUUUGCAUCUGUACAGUCAGGAGGCAGCAGUCAAAUUUACUUUAUGACUCUUGGUCAAAAUGUACUAUUUAACUGGUAAAUCACAUCAAAAUGAAGGAUGCUUUGAAAUUCCCUGUAGCUAGCAGUGUAAAAUGCUUGAAGGUAAUAUAUGCAAAUUUGCACUUUUUACCUAUAAAAAUAUUGUCAUAUAGAAUUCAUAUUCUUUCAGUUUGGAAAGAAUUCCAUUUUCCUGUCAAAUUACUGCAAACAUGUUUAGUUUGUCUUCUCAAACAUGUUGCAAACCAAGACUGUAUUCACAGUGUUAGAGCAACUUUAAUGAAGAAUGUAAAGUCCCUGUACUCAGAAAAGUUUACAGUUUCUUUUUUUACAGAUAAUGUAAUAUUAUCAUCUUGAACUGAAGUCUCUUUCUUUUUUGGACAGCAACAUCUAUAGGUAGAUAUAAAAACAAACAAGUUGGAUGGCAAAUUGGAAUCUAUUUUGAAUUGGUUUUUGGUUGUUUUUUAUUUUGAGCAAGUUUUAUUGUUGCACCAAGACUCACUUGUGUGAGUCUUACAAUCAGUGGAAGAGUGACUUUUCACAAAGGGGCUUACCUCAGACGCAGACUCUGAGGGAUUGUGUCCUGCAGUAGGGAGAAUGCGUGCAUUUCACUGCAGAGCUGUUAAAGCAGCUACUUUGGGACGUGUCCCACGUGGUAGAUUUUACAAAAUGCAGGGGACAGACCUCGUGUUUCUCUCAGGGCUGGAUGCCUGAGCCCAUAGACACAGUUACUGUAGAAUGUAUUUGUAAAAACAGUUUAAAUAGUAGUUUGUCAAAAUCAUGUACGCAUAAAGCGUUAGGGAACUGAACCUGUAAUUUUUACUCAAACAAGGGACCCAUACUCAUGUGAGUUGAUUUAACGGCACUACCCCUGUAUAUAAGGGCACAGGAUCAGGCACCUUCUUUUCUUUCUUUCUUGCUCUUUCAGCAACAAGUCUUCAUGUAUUUGUGUGUAAAUAUAAUCUUUCCAAAAUGGGUAUUAACAAAUGUAUUCUUAAUAUAGUUACAAAAAUAUCCAGAGCUAUUCUAUUAUAAAUAAGAAAAUAUAAAUAAUUUCAGGUGCUUUCUAUGCUAACUGCAUCUAAAUAAAGCUGCAUCCACUAGUGUUAUUGGUGCCAGUGUUUCUGCAUAAACUCUGUUCUCAGGGGCAUGUAACUUGGCCAUAAAACUAAACAGACAUUCUGUGAUUAAAUUGUAGGGUUUAAUGCAGUCAGCGUUUAGCUGGUAUUUGAAUGUGCUUUGAAAAUGUAAAGCAUCAAGUGUAACACAAAAGACCUUAUUCCAGACAUUAUAUAGUAUGGAUGACACUGUAGGCAAAAGUGAAAUCGGUAGCUACAGUGUUUGAAAAUAGUUUGGUUUUGUUUUUACUUGAAAUAUGUGAUCCUGGAAGGUGCAGGGAAAGUGUGAUUCUGUGUACUGGAAUAUCUGGUUGUCUACCUCAAGGAUGAUGAUUCAAAAUUUGCUAAGGGGAGAAAUAAAGCUGUUAAAACUGGUAGCUGUUUUGUACAGCAUGUCAAAUUAAGGUAGUGUUAGCCAUCAUUUUGUGACUGAUGGGUGCUCAGACUGCAACCAUCAGCUCCAGAAUUGGUAUCUUCCCAUAUAAUAUCAGCAGAGAAUCAAAUUAGGGACUAAUCAUCUCUUCCCCAUGGUGGCACCUCAACUGCUGCAGGUAGAUAGAGAUGCCAACAUUGUUCCUCUGUGUUCUUUGGCUAUGUGGAGGACCGCACUUUCCAAAGAUAUUAACCUAGCACUUUUCAUGAGCACUAGCUUAUCUCAAAAUGUAUAGUGUUUCUUUAUGAAGUAUUUUCCUCUUAAAUGGUUAAACUUACAGAAAAAAAAAGCCUAAGCCAUACUAAAAAAUAUAUGUAGUUACAUACUCAAAGUAAAUUUAAAUGCAUGCAAGUGAUCAGCUUGUGUGCAGAUUUAAAAUCUGUGUGGUAUGCAUUGCUCAGGCAAAGCUGUGUGAAAACAGGUCUCUGGCUAUUUGUAGUAAUGCUCCUACCUGUUGUCCGUGCUAGGGCUGGGACAAAGGAGAAAAACAGAGAUAUUUUAGCCUGGCGUGGCUCCCUGUGCUACUGAGCACUGGGCUUAUUUUGUUCAACUGUCACCAAAACCAAACAAAAACAAACAAAACAAAAACAGAGAUGAAAGUUACAAUUACAAGCAAAAGAAAUUACAAUCAGAAAUACAAUUUACUUGCUUUUAUUUCAAAUAAAAAAUCUAAGAGGCUGUGAAGAAAGAACACCUUUCAUUUUGUACCCAGUGGGUGUGCAAAACUUGCUUGCAAAACUGCUCUUGCUAUAAGCAAUCAGUGACCCAGGCUGCUCUACAACAUUUUUAAAGUGUGCUUAUCACAGCAGCCUCUGCAUAACAUGGACGGCAGGUGAAAUUUUCCUCUUCUCCCAUUUUGGCGACGACAGGUAGGAGGCAGGUUUUCCCUGAUGCUAGACACUGGUUUAAACGGAUUUAACAGAGUACAGUGGGAAUUCAGAUCAGCCCGUGCCAAGAGAUUAAAGAAGCAAAAUGUCAUCAAACUUGUUUAAUAUUACUGCAACAGAGAAGUUUGACAGUAAGUUGACACUCUGUGAAGAUGUUUAGCUCUCUACCAAGAAAAACAAAGUGGGUUUGAGAGAGGGGAUGUGUGCUACUGCAUUAAGAUGUUAAACUCUCAUUCUGCUUCCUUCUAUUAGUUCUCUUUUCUUUUGAGCUAUGAUUCAAGUCAGUGGUUGGAUUUUCACCUGUCACUUUGCAUGUAAAACCAUUGGAAUUACUGGGAUUAACAUCCGUGUGUAAAUAAGGAAAGAAUCAGGACCUCAGGGGUGAAUGCUUUUAAAGGAUUUAGAAGUGGUAUUCCAAAUAGUAAGGCAAUGAGGUGUAACAAGGAGAACAAUGUGUCAUUUUCUCUCUAUCAAGAGAAAAUCAGAAGGGGUGAAGAUGAGAAAGCUCAGAGAUGUUGAGAAGAGUAACUGAAGAGAGUAGAAGUAACUGAAGAGGAGGGAAAAGCUGAAGAAAAUAAACGAGUAGUCAAAGGGAGGCAGUGGAUGUCUGGCAUGGUGUAUUGCUGUAGGAGGAAUAAUAAAAAAUAAAAGUUAAGAAAUGUUAAGGAAAGUAACCAAAGAAAUGGAAAGGUCACUCCAGAUAGGAGUGACCGGGUGGUCUGAAUGCUGAGUGAGGGUGUUCUGAAUGGUUAUUAAAGUACAAGCUCAAAGGCUGGGAAAAAAAAAAAAAAAAGAGACCCAAGGUUUUCCUGACAUAAGUUUAACUAUGCAAAAUGUGUAUCAGCUCUGUGGUUUCAUUCUAUGAGGAGUUUCUCUGGCUGUAUGUACCCUCUCUCUAACUCUUAGGACCACGGGGUGAACUGCCGAACAGUUUGGUUUUCCUCUCAUUUCAUUUUGAUGCGAACAAACGCAAUAGGGGCAGCAGGGCAGAACAUCACGGUUCCACACCCGUGUUCCUUUGGUACAUGCAGUUGCCUAACGGCAGGUGGUGCUCCUAACAUUGCAUUUGCCCGACCAAGUGUACACUAACACUGCAGCGAGAUCAUUUUCUAUGUGCCUGCUUUCAUUUAAGAACGGGUGAACUCUAUUCUGCAGCCUGACCCUUGACACGUGACUCCAAAACCUGGGAACAAUGCAAGCUGUGUACUGUACAUCAUGUAUGUGGGUUUUUUAUUGUUCCCUAAUGUUCGACUUGUACAACUGAAACUAAUAAAAAAACUCUGAAAAUCAAAA